ACUACCGGAGACAAAUUCCUUGUAUGUUUUUUUGGACAUACUUGGCAAAUAAAGAUGAUUCUGUUUCUGAUCUCAUCUCAAUUUGCUCACAAAUUAAUUUACCUCGUUCAAAAUCUGGGCCUGUUUAAUUAAUUAACAUGAAAGCUGAUAAGUUUGCUGGAAGCCAUGACAUUCUGUUGUAUGAAUGGCAACAGGUGGACGCACAGGUUUAUUCUACGCCUAGUGGAAUAGGAUUUAAUUGUUCUACCUGUCACUAUAUGUCGUUGGUAUGGAUAGAUAAACAAAGAUGUCUUUGUUAUUAAUAAAUAAUCAUUUUCUGACAAGUUAAUUCAGAUUGGAUAAUUUCCAGUGGCACCUCUAAUGAUUUCUUAUGGCACACUCGUUGGGAAUCACUGCCUUAGUGUACUAUUAUACUGUAACUAUUUCACAUUCUUCCGGGAAAAAUAGCCAUGGGAUAUUGUCAAGUGGGUGGCCGACCUACGUGAAGCGAUGGAUGUAAUGGAACAGAGAUAGUAAUUGCCUUAUGUAGCUGGGAUCAUAUGGUUGAGCUUAGCCCCAGUCUGCAAUUUCUAGUUUAACCACCAAGGGUCGCCAAACCAAAUUGAGAUCAUAAUAAGUGUCAGCCCCAGUUUGCAAUCCCUGGUUUAACCACAAGAGGUCGCCAAACCAAAGUAGAAUUAUGAGUUGCCAGUUCAAGCAAAGAAGUUAAAUGUCCUAAACCUAUUAAACCCCGUAUUAUGGUAAACAAACACAUACUAAAGUCAACCACUUAUAACAAUUGUUUGAUUUAUAUCCUUGAGAUGAUUUUGAUGUUCUCUUUAAUGUUAUAAACUUGGAUGUACAAUUAGGAAUCAUUGAGAAAAAGUACAUCAGGCCUGGAUAGGCUGUUAUAUACUAUUCUUACUUUUGAAAUACUAAAGGGAAAAAUGCUUUGUAACGGCUUUUGUGUAAGAACUGUAACCUGUGUGGAGUUGUCUCUCUCAGACAAAAAUAACACAUGAUAUAUCACAUAAGGAUGAUUGCACCCGUUGAAUGCAUGAGAGAAUUGUAUUCACAUGGAAGUAUAUACAUUUAUUUGGAAUUGACAAUAUACUCAUGUACUGCUGAAUUGCUUAGAAAUCAACAUGAUGUGAUGAAAUGUAUUGGUUGAAAUCAAGACAUAUGAAAUAUGCUUGGAAAUGGAUAUAUUUACCAAAAAGAAGCCUAUUUGAGUGAGCAAAUAAGAGGUCAGGUCAGGAUAACGCUGACGCCACUUUGAGGGAAAAACAGGUGAUUCCUGCUCAGGUCAGAAUAAGGACACGCUGAGAGUAAAAAUAGGAGGUCAGGUCAGGACAACGCUGAUGUCAUUCUGAGUGGUAAACAAGAAACGGGUGUUUCAGGACAGCGCAAGCAAAAGGAGUAUUUUUAGAAAAAGGGAGUUUCGGGAAAACCAAGGUUUUAAAAGCCUCAAGCGAGGGAAGAGCGAGGCUUCCUAUCCUGACCUAGGACGGGGAGACGCAAGCUCUUUUCUUUCGCAAUACUAAGGGACAUGCUGGCAGGAGGGAUAUAUCAAGCUACUUGGAUAGCGAUUCAUUUUUGAAUAUUCCUCCUUAAUUGGGCACAAUACGGCUGGCUCCAAAUGUAAUGGCCCAAGGAUGGAUUCUCUCAAUCUUGAUAGUCAGCAUGGUCAUUUCUUAUGCUGCUGCAGAUCCUCCAGAUCCCCCUUCCAAACCUGAGUGCCACAUUCCAUGUGAUGACAGCUGUGGGGUUGAUAUUCACUGUAGCUGGAAUCACAGAUUUGAUCCUCAGAUCCUCACAGACUACAGUCUACAAUGGGAAACAGCAGACAGCAUCAAAGCCAUCACCUCCUAUAAUUACACGGAGUUAUGAAGAUCCUUUGGAAAUAUCAUGGAGUUCCAUCUGUAAUGAGCCGCACCUCUCUUUGGGGUCGUGUGAUGUGCGAUUUCGGACUCAAGCAGAAAAACUAUGGCAUGAGGAUGAAAUUGGAGCUCAAGUCAGCUAUGAAUUUAGUGGUCCCGUCCAAGCUGGUGUAGUCUAUGAAUUUCAGGUACGCUGUUCCUGUGCCACUGGCUUGAUCAGCGACUGGAGUGCAACCCACAGAAUAAGGAGUUCUGAGGCAGCCCCUACUGGACAGAUGGAUGUAUGGAAGGAUUGUGGCGUGCCUGCCACCAAUGCUGAUUGUGUUAUGACCUGGAAGAAGCUUCCUACAUCUCAGGCUCAUGGACACAUUCUGGGAUAUGAAGUUACGCUGUUUUCCAAACACACCACGACUGUAUUAGUGAAUAUUUCCGUAGCUGAGCCAAGGGGCUUGUUGAUGUGUGAUGAGCUGAAGUGCUACCUCAACUCCUCUUUAAAGAGUGUGUCAUCAGCCAGUGUAUCAGCGUACAACGCCCGUGGUGCUACAGUGCCCUCUUACCUUGCAAUUCCAACGCCAGGUAAAGUGAGAAGUGAGCACUCCAUUGAUGUCAGGAUGAAUACGGAGAACCUCACCGUCUCAUGGGAGCUCCCCGACACCAAAUCAUUCAAGGAAUAUGUGGUCCAAUACAAACAAGCAGGACGUCUUCUGGGGAAAGGAUUUAACUGGAUCAGAGUGAAUAAAAGCUGUACUACAGUGACCUUUAAAGCUCAUUUUGAAAGGUACAGGCCCUACCAAGUGUCACUAUUUACUGUUACACUCGAUCAACAAAGCCAUCACUUUUCAUCCGUUAUUGGUUAUUCUUGUCACGGAAUUCCCGCAAAAGUGCGUUCAUUUAAAGUCAUUUCCAUUGCUGCGACACAUGCAACCCUGUUCUGGGAGCCUGUUCUGCUGACCAUGCAGAACGGGCUGAUCCUCUACUACGAAAUAGGUGUUCACGGACAAAUGGCAGUGUACAAUGUGAGCGCCUCCCCUCAGGAUGAAAAUAAGACUUUUGAGCUGCUGAAUCUCAGUGCAGAUCAGGAGUAUGAAGUGUGGAUCAAGGCUGUGACCGAAGCUGGGCCGGGAGACAAUGUCACUAUCAGUUUCAUCACAAACCAACAACAGCAUCUUCAGUUAAAAUUAAAAUCACAUUUAUUAUCACUCCUGGUCCUACUAUGUCUCCCAGUCAUAAUAUGCUGUCUUUUGGUUUUACUCAGUUUUCAUAAAGGAACACACAAGGCAUGUUUGUGUAUAAAUGAGAAGAUACCAGAUCCACACAAUAGCACCAUCUACCAAAUGAUGAAGUAUCAGGUGAAUGAGCCAGUGGCUUGGAUUUGCAUCCCAAUCUAUGAACCACACCCCACCAUGUCCACGUUAGAGGUAGUGGAAAUCCUGCACCCGCUAUGUGAGCAAAACUGCUUCCCUGAAGACCAAACAAGACCAGCAGCUUCCUUAGAGGGAUGUACAAGCAAACAUAGAUAUGGUAAAGGAGAGUACAGCAAAAUGGUUGACUCUGAGGAGGAAAAGGACAUGAGCGAGGUGGCAGGCAGGGAUGAUUGUUGGAGCUCGUCAGAAGAAGAACAAGACACAUCAGGAUAUGAACAGCACUUCAUACCAACUCCUGCGGAAAUACUGAAUGCUUGAUACAGUGUAUUUACAGUAAUAUAGUAUUAGCUGAGUCAGUCAUUACUAUUUUUUUUUCACUCAACCCACUAUAAAUGUAUACAAAUAAGAAAAUAUGUGAUUGAAAGCACAUUCUAAGAGCUGCAUAAUGUAUUUUGUUGGACAGGCCAGUUUAUACAGAGUAUUUUUUUUGUUUACAGUGUACUUUUUAUAUUUUCUUGAUAGAAAUUGUCAUUUCAAAAGCGUACAUCUAUUGAUGAAAUAAACAUUUUCGAAGCAA